AUGCAGCCGCUGACAAAGGAAGCCAAGACGUUGAAGAUUCUUGCGAAGUACUGCUUUUAUGACAUCAUGACCAUUCCUGCGUACAUUCCGAUGAAUGUCGUUCAGAAAAGUCUAUCGACGCAGACGAACAGCAUCACCAAUCGGGUGAUCAAGCGCAACCUCGAGAUACGGCAGUGCGACGGCGGCCGACGACCAGCGCUCCCUGGCGCGUGCCUCCUCUCCUGUGUGGCGGCCAAGCGGCGACACGUCUACAAGUACGGCGACUUCUACCUUCAGCGCGGUUUCGACGUUCUCAACGUUCGGGUCCACAUAGAUCACGUCCUGUAUGCCGCGCGCGCGCAGAGCUGCGUCCAGCAGGCGCGCAACUACCUCUCGCACCGCGCCGCCACGGUCGGCCCGACCCCGCUGCUCGUGCACGCCUUCUCCACCGGCGGGUACCUCUACGGCGAUAUGCUCAUCAAGAUGGCUGCCGAUGCGGAGCGCUAUGGCGGCAUCGCCGGCAGCAUCAGCGGGGAGAUCUUCGACUCCGUCGUCUUCCUUGAGGGCAUGCCAACUACUGCGAGUUUGACGGUGACCAACAACCGCAGGCUGCAGACGCUGAUUCGCACGAGCACGGAGCAGUAUCUGAAGCUCACACACGAGCACACGACCAAGUAA